UAUUUUAUUUGCAACCCCAAAUCUACUGGGCACACAAGAAAAACGCCGGAGAUGGAGGCCCAAUCUCUCCGAAACUUUCACAAUGUACACGUCGACACGCACCACCACACACUUCUUCGUGUCCGUAACUACCAACAUGGUUUUCGCGUUUCUGUUACAACCGCCAAUAAAAAACUUCGCCACGUCAGCAUCAAUUCUGUUAAUCAAAACAGUACAGACAAAGACCGUAACAAGCAUAAUGAAAAUAUUAACGGUGUUAAUGGAGUCCGGCAUAGAAGACGUGACGUAAUUGUAACGCCGUUAAUUGCGAUCGGAGCAUGUAUGGUCCGGUCAGCGGUAGCAAAGGCGGAUAGUGAAACUCCGGUGGCGGAUGUACAGACGGAAACGGUGGCGGCGACGACGACGGGAGGGAAGGUUGAGGUGAAGAAAGAGGAAGUGAUAAGUUCGAGGAUAUACGAUGCGACGGUGAUCGGAGAACCGAUGGCGGUUGGGAAAGAUAAAGGGAAAGUAUGGGAGAAAGUGAUGAAUGGAAGGAUUGUUUAUUUAGGUGAAGCUGAACAAGUUCCUACUAAAGAUGAUAAGGUUUUGGAAGUUGAGAUUUUGAAAAUUUUGGUGAAGCGAUGUGUCGAGGCGAACCGAGCUGUUACGAUGGCUUUGGAAGCAUUUCCAGCUGAUUUGCAACCACAACUUGAUCAGUACAUCGAUAAAAGGAUUGAUGGAGAGACUUUAAAGUUGUUUGUGUCACAUUGGCCACCUCAACGAUGGCAAGAAUAUGAGCCCCUUCUAAAUUACUGUCGGGAUACUGGAAUACGCAUGGUUGCAUGUGGCACACCACUCAAGGUCUUAAGGACUGUUCAAGCUGAUGGUAUUCGUGGGCUUUCAAAGGCUGAGCGUAAAGUAUAUGUUCCUCCAGCUGGUUCGGGUUUUAUCUCUGGUUUUACAUCUAUCUCGCGUAGACCUUCAAAGGAUAUGAAUUUCCCAUAUCAGUCUAGUUCAUUUGGGCCAAGCUCUUAUCUAUCUGUACAAGCCAGAUUUGUUGAAGAGUAUACAAUGUCUCAGAUCAUUUUACAGGCAGUUACAAAUGGAGGAGCCACCGGAAUGUUGGUGGUUGUUACUGGUGCAAGUCAUGUUGCUUAUGGUUCAAGAGGGACUGGGGUUCCAGCAAGAAUUGCUAGAAAGAUGCAAAAGAAAAAUCAAAUAGUUAUAUUGCUUGAUCCCGAAAGACAAUAUAUUCGUCGGGAGGGUGAAGUUCCCGUUGCUGAUUUCUUAUGGUAUUCUGCUGCCAGACCAUGCACAAGAAAUUGCUUUGACCGGGCUGAAAUUGCUCGAGUUAUGAAUGCAGCUGGCAGAAGGCGAGAUGCUUUGCCACAGGAUAUCCAAAAGGGACUGGACCUUGGUCUAGUAUCUCCAGAAGUAUUGCAGAAUUUAUUUGAUCUGGAGCAGUAUCCUCUUCUUUCAGAACUUACUCAUAAUUUUCAGGGAUUCAGAGAAAGAUUGUUGGCAGAUCCUAAAUUCUUACAUAGACUAGCCAUAGAGGAAUCAAUAUCAGUAACUACUACUCUCAUUGCACAAUAUCAGAAAAGAAAAGGAAGGUUUUUUGAAGAAAUUGACUACGUCAUGACAGACACCAUCAGAGGAAUAGUAGUUGAUUUCUUCACAGUAUGGCUUCCAGCCCCCACGUUAUCAUUUCUUUCAUUCGCUGAUGAUGUUAAUGGGCCAAAUAGCAUAGAUGCACUUAAGGGUCUUCUGGGGUCUAUACCAGACAAUGCAUUUCAAAAAACGCUUGCUGGGAAGGAGUGGAAUGUAGGCCAUAGAGUUGCUUCAGUGGUAGUUGGUGGUAUUAAGCUUGCUGGUGUUGGAUUUAUAUCCAGUGUUGGAGCUGUGGCUGCCUCAAAUGUGUUGUACACUGCACGCAAGUUUCUUAAUCCAGCCCUUGUGAGUAAGCAACAGAAUAAAAGAUCACCAAUUUUGAAAACCGCUGUUGUUUAUAGUGGGUUUCUUGGGACAUCAGCUAACCUUCGGUAUCAGAUUAUUGCUGGAUUGGUGGAACAUCGGCUUUCAGAUAUUUUUGCUGAUCAAACGUUAUUUGUAAAUUUGUUAUCUUUUGUGGCACGCACAAUCAAUUCCUAUUGGGGAACUCAGCAAUGGAUCGAUCUUGCAAGGUUUACAGGACUACAGCCGCAAAAGAGCGAAGCGUCAGCAAACGAAACAAUAGAAUCUGCAAAUCCUGCUACACUAGGUUGCAGCAACCCGACAGAAGAAGCCGCUGUUGAUGAAGUUGAAAAUCAGCAGUCAAUAAGAUGAUAACUUCUGUCAUGCUAUAGCAGUUAAGGGAUUUUCCUGUAAGGAUCGCCUUUCUGUAUUCUUUCUAAUUUAUAUCAUAGUAUGUGCUCAUAGUUGUAGUUAAAUAUAUACUUGAGCAUAGGGAAUGAAGAUACAUAUAUAGGCUAAAAUUUUCCAGUCUUUGAACAAAUUUUGCCUAGUACACCCAUGGGCAUGAAAAGGCAACAAAUUUUGAUCGAAACUAUUUCAUAUAUACUAAUACAAAUUGUUCACUGUUA